AUGACUAACCUCGACUUCUUUGCCUACCCGUCGGACGGACCCGUGGUGAAGCCCGACAAGGGUAUGUCCGGAAGAGUGCUCAACGUGAUGACACUGUUGCCCACCCUGAUCUACAAGAGCCAAGAUGGCGAAUGGGACGUGGAGCCUGUGCGUGGAAACCUGGCCCUCUACCUGUCACACUUCUUUCUUGACCAACAAACGGAAUGGGAAACCCAUUUGAUCGCAUGGACUGGAGAAUUGGUCAACAAGCUGAACUCGGGUACUUCGGUGACUUCUGAUAACAUUCAGGAGGAUCCGCUUUAUUUGGACGACAACGACAAGCAUGUCCUUGAAGGCAAGAUCCGCAAAGGCAGCCGUACCGACAACGUUCAUCCUGUCUGGUUGUUGAGAAGAGACCAAGAAAGGUGGAGAAGAUAUGCGGAGGACUACUUGUGGCCAGUGUUCCACUACAUUCAAGGCCAGCCUUCCGACGGAAGAGCUGAGGCCCAGGCAUGGCACGAUUAUGUCAAGUUCAACGAAGCAUACCUCAAGAAAAUCAAGUCCAUCUACCGUCCCGGAGAUAUCAUCUGGAUCCAUGACUACUACCUCUUGUUGUUGCCCCAAUUACUUCGUAUGGAGUUCCCAGAUGCCUUUAUCGGCUUGUAUUUACAUGCUCCAUUCCCAUCUUCCGAAUACUUCAGGUGUCUUUCCAAGAGAACUCAAUUGUUAGAUGGUAUGUUGGGUGCUGACAGUGUCGCUUUCCAAUCAGACUCAUUCAAGAGACACUUCUUGUCUUGCUGUGCAAGAGUUCUUGGGUACGAUGUUACCCAUGAUAAGGUGCUUGCAUAUGGUUCUUCGAUCUUUGUGGAGACUAUGCCCAUUGGAAUCGACACCGCGAAGACUGAGAAUGAUGCUUUCAAUUCGGAAAUCGAUGAGAAAGUUAAAGCCCUUCGUGAAAUUUAUCACGACAAAAAGAUCAUUGUUGGUAGAGAUAGACUUGAUACAGUACGUGGGGUUGUACAAAAGCUUCAAGCAUUUGAGAUGUUCUUGCAGAUGUAUCCAGAAUGGAGAGACAAGGUGGUUUUGAUUCAAGUGUCUAGCCCUAGUUACACUCAAUUUGCAAAGGUUGAAAAGAAGGUGUCCGAAUUGGUCAACCACAUCAACAGUGAAUACGGUAAUUUGAACUCUACUCCCGUAUUGCAUUACCAAAUGCGUAUUGCCAAGGAAGAAUACCUUGCCUUAUUAAGAGUUGCUGAUUUGGCUUUGAUUACAUCCAUCAGAGACGGUAUGAACACAACUUCCCUUGAGUUUGUGAUUUCGCAAAAGGAAAAUAACUCUCCAUUGAUCUUAUCCGAAUUUACAGGAACUGCCUCGGUCCUCAAUGAGGCCAUUUUAGUCAAUCCUUGGGACUCGGUUGGGAUUGCAAAGACGUUGAAUGAUACGCUCUUGAUGUCUGAUUCAAGUAAGAAACAGUUGGAGAAGAAGUUAUACGACCAAGUUACCUCCAACACUAUCCAGAACUGGACUUCGAACUUCUUGGGCCAUCUUAUUAAACAUGUCUCCAAGAGUCACCAAACUCAUCAUACACCUGCAUUGAACCGUCCAUUAUUAUUGAACAAUUACAAGAACUCUGAGAGAAGAUUAUUUUUAUUUGAUUAUGAUGGUACUUUGACCCCUAUCAUCCGUGAUCCUGCAGCGGCAAUUCCCUCAUCCAGGUUGAAUGAUAUCCUUGAUACUUUGAGUGCUGAUCCAAAGAACCAAAUUUGGGUUAUUUCUGGUAGAGACCAAGUAUUUUUGGACAAGUGGCUUGGUUCCAAGAAUAUCGGGUUAUCAGCAGAGCACGGGUGUUUCAUGAGAGAUGUGGGAUCUAAGGAGUGGGUCAAUUUGGCUGAGAGCUUCGAUAUGUCGUGGCAAAAGAAGGUAGAGGAUGUAUUCAAGAUCUACACCGAGAAGACUCCUGGAUCCAAUAUUGAAAUCAAGAAGGUAGCUUUGACUUGGCAUUACCGUCGGUCAGAUCCUGAGUUGGGUCUGUACCAAGCUGAGAAGUGUUUUCAGGAAUUAAAGGAUACCGUUGGUAAGGAGUAUGAGGUUGAAAUCAUGGCUGGUAAGGCCAACAUCGAGGUGAGACCCAAGUUCGUCAACAAGGGUGAAAUUGUCAAGAGAUUGGUGUUGAACCCUCACGGUGAGAAACAGGAUACCCUGCCAGUACGCAAGCAUCGUAGCGAUGUUCCUUUGGACCAACUUCCUGACUUCAUGUUGUGUCUUGGUGACGACUUGACCGAUGAGGACAUGUUCAGAUCGUUGAAGGAGAUUGAGGCCGAAUGGCACUUGAACGACUUGCCCAAGAACGAGUAUGGGUCCUACGGAGUGUACCCUGUCGCAGUCGGUCCUGCCUCCAAGCAGACGAUUGCAACCUCACAUCUCAAUGAGCCAGCGCAGGUAUUGGAGACUUUGGGCCUCUUGGCGGGCCAGGUCUCCUUGUUCGAAAGUGCAGGUUCCGUAGACUUGGACGACCGUGGACACCUUGAAAAUAGUGAGUCCUCGGAAAAAUCUAAGUCUGCCAUUAAGGCUGCCUCUUUGAAGAGGGACCAGCCAAAGGUAUAG